AUGAUUAAACAACAUCAAUAUAAGGCCAGUCAAAUAAUGAGGGAGAUAGCUGCUCCAAUACUUUGUAGCAACGGGGUAUUAAGUUUUAAUUUCUCUGAGCUUAAAGAAGGUAAUAAUGAGUUUGAGAAUGGCGUAGUCUUUAGAAGAGGUGACUACUUUUACACUGCAGAACAUUGUGUUGACGAGGAAACAAAAAAGAAGAAUAGAUGCAUGAGAGAUGUGUGUACAAACGACCCGACAGUAAUAGUUGGCUCAGAUCUAAUUGAAAUUAUUGGUAUUGAAUUGGGAAAAGGAAAAUCAGGUUACGUUGUAGUUCAAGAUAACAAACAUUUGUUAUUCCAGUAUAUGAAAGGGAAAUACAGUUUAGAGUAUACAUCAACUGCAAUUGAUGAAGUUGAUGAUGAGGGUAUAGAUGAUAAUUUUAGAACAUUCGCAACAGAAAACCACGAAUUUGUAAAAUAUUUAGGCCAAACAUUUGUCGAUUAUUUCUUAAAAUUAGAGAUACAGUUUAUGGAGUUCACAUCAAGUAAUUUUGAAGAGCUUAAUCAAGACAAUAAGGAAAGUUUAGCAUUAUUAAUACAACAAUUAUAUGAAAAAGGCGACAAGGUUGAGAAACUUGAACCACCAAGGUUCAAUGAGGUUCAAUUUACUAGUAACUAUAUAAGUGAACUAAAGGAACUAAUAGAUAAUUUCAAUACCAAUUUUGAACAGUACAUAAACGAAACACACAACUACAUAAACAAAAAUCACACCGUAAGAAUACAAAAAAUCAUUACAUUAAAUAGCAACUUCUGGGAUGAUCAUUCAUAUAGAGUGCUAGUUAUAAUAUCAUUAAGACGCUGUAAACCUUUGAAAUGUCAUAUUGAAAAGGAUGUUGUAAUAGCAACUUAG